GCGGUCCAAACCCAACUUCCAUCAUGAUCCAGCCACCGGUAACAAACACUUCCUACUUCGGAGCCAUCUCUAUGAUCGACAACGCUUUGACGGCGAAAGUUCCGAUGAACUCCACGGUGUUGGGCCAGGCUCAAGGGUUUUACGCCGGAGCGGCCCAAAAGGAGUUGGGAUUUCUGAUGGCGAUGAACUUUGCUUUCAAGACAGGGAAAUAUAACGGGAGCACGAUCACGAUCCUUGGUCGGAACACGGCGAUGUCGGAGGUUAGAGAGAUGCCAAUCGUCGGAGGAAGUGGGCUUUUCCGAUUUGCUAGAGGCUAUGUUGAGGCUAGGACAAAGUGGAUUAAUCUCAAGAACGGAGAUGCUACGGUAGAAUAUAGUUGUUACGUGUUGCAUUAUUGAGGUUAAGGAUAUUUUUGUCGUUCUAUAUAUUUAGUUUGACUACGCAAUAAUUAAUAAAAAGUAAAAACUGAUUAUCUAUCGUGUUUUCUUUAGUUUUGGCAUUUAGCUUUUAUGGUUUGUGUGUGGUGGAUGUUGCGUGGGAGUUGUUUCGUAAUUUAUUAAUAAUAUAUAUAUAUAUAUAUAUAUCUAAUUUUAUUUUU